AGAGAGGGGUCAGUAUAUCUAGCCCUGCUCCAUCACAAAGCACAGAGAGCCCUGCUUGGUCCUCAUCCAGCUGAAGCAUGUCUCCCAAGAAAGCGAAGAAGAGAGCAGAGGGYGCCAGCUCCAAUGUCUUCUCCAUGUUCGAACAGGCCCAGAUCCAGGAGUUUAAAGAAGCUUUCACCAUCAUGGAUCAAAACAGAGACGGCUUCAUUGACAAGAACGACCUGAGGGACACCUUCGCAGCUUUAGGCCGUUUGAACGUCAAACAGGAAGAGAUUGAYGACAUGCUGAAGGAGGCCCCUGGACCCAUCAAUUUUACAGUCUUUCUCACCAUGUUUGGAGAGAAACUAAAAGGCGCUGACCCCGAGGAGACCAUCCUGAAUGCUUUCAAAGUCUUCGACCCUGAAGGAACAGGCAUCUUAAAGAGAGAGUUCGUGACAGACAUGCUGACGACUCAGGCUGACAGGUUCUCCCCUGAAGAGAUGGAACAGAUGUUUGCAGCAUUCCCUCCGGAUGUGGCAGGAAACCUGGACUACAAGAACCUGGUCCACAUCAUUACACACGGAGAGGAGAAAGACCAAGAGUGAAGUCACUCAGCCUGAGAUUGCUUUGAGCACAAACACCAGCUUGAACAAAAUGUUGAAAAUAAAAGGAUUUUCCAUUUUCAUUUAAAUAUAAA